UCAGGUGUCAGUUUGGAUUUUUUUGAAGUUUCUUAUCUUAACGGUUUUAAUUUUCAGUCGUUAUUAUCGAAAUAUGUUGGUGUAUUAAUUUUUCAAUAAAAAGAAUAAUGGAGCAUCACAAAGAUCCGAUAAGUGUUCGUAUAGCUAGAAUUAAUUCUGAAAUUUUAGGAACAACUACUAAAUUAAAAGAACCUAAUCUAUUAUCGAGAGAAACGCUUUUAGAUAUUUUGCAAACUUUAUAUGAAGAAUGUUGUAUAGAAAGUUUACAAACAUAUGAUGCGAAUAUAGCACAAUUCGUUGAAAAAUAUAAGGAAACCAUCAAGGAUAUUAAAAGAUUAAGAGUUAAUAUAACCGAUUUUGAGAUAAAAAAUGUUAUAGGAAGAGGACAUUUCGGUGAAGUUCAUCUCGUUAAAGAAAAACAAACAGGUGACGUGUAUGCUAUGAAAACUAUGAAAAAAUUUAAUAGUGAAAUAAGUAGAUUGAGUUUUGAAGAAGAAAGGAAUAUAAUGGCGUUUAGUAAUUCACAUUGGUUGACUUCAUUACAAUACGCUUUCCAAGAUAGUACAUAUUUGGUGUAUAUCAUGGAGUAUCAUCCCGGCGGGGACCUUUUGGGGUUAUUGUAUAGACAAGGAGGAACUUUAACAGAAACUGCUGCAAUUUUUUAUUUAGCUGAAGUGGUUUUAGCGUUAGAAGAUCUUCAUUCUAUGGGAUAUGUUCAUAGAGACAUCAAACCGGAUAAUAUUCUUUUGGAUCGUUGUGGUCAUAUCAAAUUAGCUGAUUUUGGAUCGUCUGCAAAACUAAAUGAAAACGGUUUGGUGACGGUUGGACCACCGGUCGGAACUCCAGAUUAUAUUGCACCGGAAGUUUUACAAUGUUUAGAUGGAAAAAGUGAUAAAAAUAUAGGAUACGGCGUAUUGUGUGAUUUUUGGUCUCUCGGAAUUUUAGCAUAUGAAUUGACUAUAGGGAAUACUCCAUUUUCGGGUCAAAAUUCCACAUCAAUCUAUUCGAAAAUAAUGAAUCAUAACAAUUCUUUGAAGUUUCCUUCAGAUCUUUUAGUUAGCCAAGCUUAUACGGCUCUAAUAAAAAAUUUAGUGACCGAUGUAAAUUCGAGAUUGAAUCUUGAACAAAUCAAAUCACAUGAUGUAUUUAGAAAUACGUCGUUUGAUAAUUUGAGAGAGCAAAUACCGCCGUUUGUACCGAAAAUAACUUCCGUUGAAGAUACUAGUAACUUUACGGAUAUACAAUCUAAAAAGAAAAACCCCAAUAUGGAUUCUUUUAAAAAAAGAACUCAAUUUUCCGGUAGGAACUUGCCGUUCAUAGGUUUUACUUUCACUCAUGAUCCUGAUUGUUACGAACGUACCUUCGAAAGGAAAAUAAUGAACAAAGACGAAAUUAUGGAGAAACUAAAAUUAGAAAUAGAAACUUUACAGAAGACUUUGUUGAGUAAAGAAAAUUCCGAAAAGGAAAAAGAACAUUUAGAGAUGAAAUUAGAGGAAAAAGAGAGAAAAUUAGAAAGUAUCGAGUGUCUGAGGGAUCGAUUAGAAAAAGAAUUAGCAGGAAGUUUAGCAGAAUGCACGGCUUUGAAACGAACGUUGGAAUUGGAACGAAAAGACCGAGUGGAAUUGGAAAAAAAGGCUUUAGAUCUAAUUAAAUCCGCCAAAUUGAAAUGGGAAAGUUCGGAAAAAGAGAAAGUCGAAGCUUACAAUCUCGAAUUGGAACAACAGAAAGUAAAAAUCGCCCAAUUGAUGAAUACGAAUAAAAUGUUGAACGAACAAUUACGGCACGCUUUUAAAUUGGAAAAUAAACAUAAAGAAUCUUUGGAAAAAGUCGAAUGUUUGAGUAGGAGAAGUGUAAUCGGUUUGGAAUCGCGAUUAGAUAAAGUAACUAAUGAAACUCAAGGCGUUAUAUCGGAUUUACAGAAAAAAUUGACGGAAGAAAUUCAUCAUAAACACGUUUUGGAAAAUAAAUUAACAGAAAUGAAAGACAAGGAAAGGAACCUGAAGGAAAAAUUGAAGAAUUCACAACAGGAACACGAAUAUUGGAAAAAAUUGAUAGAUGAUGCCGAACAUCAAAUUAGAAGCUUAAACGAAAAAGUAAAUUUGCUUGCUACGGAAGUGGAAAAAAGUGAAGAGUACAAAUUAGAAAUAGAUCGGCUUCAACAGAAAGUCGAUAAUUCACAUAAGGCUUUAAAAGAAUUGGAAAAUAGGAAUACGAUACUACAAAUGGACAUGGAAACAAUGGAAAGUUACAAAAAAGAAAUGGAUGAAAUGAAAAAGACAAUAAGCAAAAUGCAGAAUGAUAAAAAAGUUUCUGAACUAGAAAUACAGUUAGCCGAAGAAAAGGAAAAAAAUGUUUCCUUAAAAAAACAAUUACAGGAAUCUGAGAACAUUUUGACGGAAAAUCAGGAGUUGAAAGAAUUGAGAACGAAAUUUUGGCGUGUAGAAAAAGAGCUAGGUAACGCGAAAAUAGAUAAAAGAAUAUUGGAAAGGGAAUUAAAGGAAGCGGAAAGUGAAAUUAAGAGAUUAACGGAAAAAGUAGAAUUAAACGAAGAGGAAACUAAAAAAAUGAAAAGUAUACACGAAGCAGCACUAUUAGAAAUCAGUAACAUCAACGAAUCUCUAUCACUAGAAUUGAUGAAAACUAAAAGCAGUUACAAAAAUUUGGAGGAUAAACUAGAAAACGAAAAAGAAAAAUUCGAAAAUGAAAAAACUAUAAUAAAAGAAUUGAAAGAAACAGUUCGUUCAAAAGAUGAUCAGAUACAAUCGUUAACAAUGGAGAUGAAAACGAUAAAAAAAGAAAAUAACAACCUCGAAAACGAAAUAAAGAAACUGGGGAACGACAAAACCAAAUUUGUAUCAUCGAUCGAAUCUCUACAAAAAGAAAAAGGAGAAACCCUGAUGGAAACUGAAAAAUUAAAAAGAGAACUACAAAAUACGAAUCUAAAUUUGAAUGCUUUGCGUGAAGCUUGCACCCUCUUAGAGAACCAAGUAUUGGAAUACGAGAAAUUGAACGCUUCCUUUGAAAUUAAACAAGCGGCUUUGAACAGUAACACCGAAAAAUUAAUCAGGGACGUUUGCGAUGCCAAAAAGGAAAUCCAGGAAGCUAAAAAGUUGACAAACGAAGAGAAAUCUUUGAGAAUAUUUGCCGAAACGAAAAUCAAAAGAUUAGAAGAAGAUAUAGAAUGUCUUCAAAACGAAUGUACAUCCUACAAACAACAAUGUAUUGACUACAAACAAUAUUCAGCUGGAUUAUCAGACGAAUUAUCAGUAGCCGAAGAAAAAAUUAACAUUCUAGAAGUUUCGGUGAAAACUUACGAAAGACAACUUGACGACAUGAGGGCUGAGCUGCGUCGCCUAAAACUAGAAACCUCCGAUUAUUUAACGCAACUCAACAGAUCUAAGGAGUUGACUUACAAGUUGAAACGCCAAUUGGGAGAAGAAAAAGAAGAAAAUAUGGCAGUGAAACAAACUUUACUGGAAACACAGCGGAUUAUAGCGGAAAAAACUAGUUAUUACAAAGAGAGAGAAAUGAAAUCCGAAGCCACGAUCAAACAGCAAAUCAAAUUAAUCGAUUAUUUACAAACAAAGAUUGACGAAUAUACAUCGAAGAAAAAAACUUUAACCGAAGUACUUUUCGGUAGUUCGAAGAAAGAGAACCAACCACCGAUAUCCCUCGCUAUGAAUUACAAAGAUUUGGAAAAUCAAUUGUUGAAAGAACGAAAAAACAACAAACAACUCAACGAGGAAAUUUACAAAUUGAAAGCCGCUACCAUGAUACAAGAAACGAAUAAAAUCGCAGAUAAAAUGAAAAUCGAAAGACAUAAAUCAGAAGCUUUAACACCUAAGGGCAAGGCCGCUUUGCAGCAAAUCGUAAACUCCCCAAGCAAACAAAAAAAUCAAUUUUAUAGACAGAAUUCUACUCAGAGAAUGCACCAUAAUAUACCACAUAGAUUCGAUUCAAAGCUGAGUAGAUCGAGUACGAAAUGUUCGGGUUGUUCUGAACCGAUUUCACUAGGACGUAUGGUGGCAGUAUGUUCGGAAUGCAACGUGCACGUCCAUAUGGAUUGCAAAAAGCAAUUACCCAACACUUGCGGUUUACCGGCAGUUUUCGCGCAACAUUAUAAAGAAAGUUUGAGAAAUAGCAACGAAAAAGUGGAUAAAAUCGAAGGUGAAAUGGAAAACGUUAACGUUGAAGGGUGGAUUAAAGUCGUAGGGAAAACUAAUACUUGGGAAAAACGUUAUGCUGUACUAACCGAUACAUCGAUUAAAGUAUAUUCUUCUACGCCAAAAGAAAGAUCUGCAAUACUUAUGGAAACAUUCGACUUAAAACCAAUCAACAGUCAUGGAAAAGUUGUUUCGGAACCUUUACCUUCAGAAAUAAGUAUACCGGUGGCCAAUAGCGAUAUUCCUUUUAUAUUGAAAGUGGAAGUAGCACCAGAUACGACUUGUUGGCCUCCGAAGUGCUUCCUUUUCCUCACUUUAUCCGCACAAGAUAAAGAUAAAUGGUUCUUAGCGUUACAGAAAAUCUAUUACGAUGACAUAGAUAGACCGAAAUGUGAAAGGGUUCUAAUAUUUCCGGAAAAUAUCGAAGUGAACUGUAUUAUCGAUUUGAGUGAAAGUAUCAAAGUGCUGGGUACUGAAAAAGGUCUUUAUUCGUUUUAUGAAAAUAAUUUGGUGUUUAUAUCAGGGUUAACCAAGAUCCACAACAUUUGUCCGAUGCCCACAACCAAUAAGGUAUUGAUGAUCGUCCAAGGAGAUAGAUCGUUGAUAUCAUGCGAUUUGAAUCAUUUAAUAAACGUGACCCAAUGUUUAACUCAAUCAUCGAAUCCAAAAUUGAAGUUCGAACAAGUGGAUGUUUCGAAUUGUAAAGAGUUUCACAUUUUACAAGUUUCUCCGUUUCCAAAACAACAGAAGGUUUGUGUAGCCACCACGCGACAACUCAUUAUACUCGAAUUCGAUUUCGAAACGUCGCUAUUUGUACCGGUGAAAAUUUUAGAUACCGCCGAACCUACGGGGUGCGCCCUAUUCACCGAACACAGUUUAAUCGUGGGAGCCGACAAAUUUUUCGAAAUCGAUCUCGCCACUUUCCAUGCCGAAGAGUUUUUGGACUCUUCCGACGUCAAACUCAAAUCAGCCGAAAGUUGUUAUAAGAUGAAUUCGUUUCCUUUAUCCGUGGUGCGGAUCAACAAAAAUCCCAAAGAAUAUUUGGUUUGUUUCAACGAAUUUUCGGUAUUCGUCGACGAAUACGGCCGAUCGAGUAGACAGAACGAAUUGAAAUCAGUUCACCUACCGAUAACAGUAAAUUACAACAAACCUUAUCUUUAUAUAACUCAAUUUACGGCAGUAGAAAUUUUAAAAAUAACUGAUGAAACAUGCAACAACGAAAAAAAACCCGAUACAGUCAGAAUAGAAUUAGAAAAAUUCAAAUAUUUGGGCUGUAACAAAAACGGCGUCUAUUUGAGUUUAAAUAACGAAGUGAAAUUCGUGAACGGGGGUAAAUUGUUACCUUUGGACGAUAGUUCGAUUAUUAAUGACGGUUCCGAUGUAGUCGAUCGAUCAGAUGAUGAUUCCGAGGAUAGGUUCACUUUCAGUAGUUCAAUUGUACAAAGUCUUGAUGGGAAUUUGAGCGAUAACGAUUGUUUAGAUGACGGACAUAAAAGAGUCACGUUCUCACAAACCGAUUUGUAAAAACAUCCGAGUUGAGAAAAUAAUCCGGCUCGAAGGACCAAACACGUAGUACUAUAACUAAUUUUUUUUAAUAUAAAUAGUUCAGUUAGCAGAUUUAGAUUAUUUUGUUUAAUAAUUGAUUCAUUAUAGUACUUUUGAUAACAAUCAAAUGAUUGAAAUCUUCGAAUUUAUUUGGUGUUUUUAAAAUUUUACUCGAAAGACCGAAUACGUUUAGUUUUUGUAUAAAUACUGUAAUUAUUUUGAGAGAUAUUUAGCCCGAUUUUUGGAAUAAAUGAUCGAUAACUUUACUUAAAAUUUUUUAUAAUUAGAACCGGGCUCGAAGGACCAAAUACGUUGCAGUUUUCAUGCAAGUAUAAUAAAAAUAUGAUUUCGAUAGUAAUUGAACUAUUUAUUUUGCAAAAAGUUUGGAUUUUUGGUUAUUUUCUAUUUUAUUAAACUGGCGUAUGAAAAAAUAACAACUAAAACAUCGUUUAUUUAUUGAAAAAUUCUUUUUAAAUAUGUCAAUAGAUGAAUAAAUUACCAGAUUGUUUUUAACCUCGGUUUGUAAAUUAAUAUCCUUCGUUUAUUUUUAAAACUCUUUUUGUAUUAUUAAAAAAAAUAAUGAAGUUUUCGUAAAAAUAAUACAAAAAUCCCGCUCGAAGGACCAAAUAUGUUGCAGUUUUCACAAAAGAAUUGUAAUUAUUUUAUUUUAAUAAUAACAUAAAUAUGCUUAAAAGUUUACUUGAGCUAUUUAUAUUUUUACGAAAAUUGCAACGUAUUUGGUCCUUCGAGCCCGAUUUUUGAAUUUAAUGAAUUAAAGUUAUCGAAAAUUUCACUCGAAAUUUCUUUUAGCGGGCUUGAAGGACCAAAUAGGUUGUGGUUUUCGUAAUUGUAUUUAUCUUUAAAAAAAUCAAUCAAUUGCAUUAUUUUUACAAAAACUCCAUAGUAUUUGGUCCUACGAACCCAAUUCUGGAAAAAUUUUUGGCUUUUUAUUAAUUAUUAUUGUAUUAAGCUGAUAUUUGUUGCAGUUGCAGUUUCAGUCGUAAAAAUACUAUAUUGGUUUAUAUGAAUAAUAGAAAUUUGAUUUUAGCUUUAUUAAAACCAUCUAUUUUUAAAAAAAUCAUCAAUUAUAGUACUAUUUUGAAAAUUAACAACUUAUUUAGUCCUUCGAACCAGAUUAUUUUCUUCGUAACCAUAAAUAGCCAAGUUUUUGGGUUUUUUCAAUUUAAUUAAAUCGUCAAUAUAUUUCAAACUUAAAAAAAGACCAAAUAACAAAAAUAUUGUUUAUUUAUUGAUAAGAUAUUUUUAAUAUGUAAACAGAUAGAGGAAGAAUAACCCUCAAUUGUUUUUUUUUUAAACUAAGAUCUCUAAAUUAGCGUCUUGCCUAGAUUUUUAAGAUUGUACUGAUUUUGUGCGCGUUUUAUUUUAUGUUUUAAUAAAUACAACAAUCAAUUUUGA